UCUCCCCACGGCGCUCGCGGCUCCUCACCUGCAUUUUGUCCCCGACACAGCAGCAGCAGCAGCAGCAGCAGCGCCUCUCUGGGGCCGGCCACACGAAUGUCUGGACGUGGAAAGAAAAAUGUGGUGGCUGCAAAACCUACAGUUCUAUUAAGAAAAACAAAGUCAGCGAAGGCUGGUCUGCAAUUCCCAGUGGGUCGUGUCCACCGGCUUCUCAAAAGAGGGAACUAUGCUGAGAGAAUAGGUGCUGGUGCUCCAGUUUACCUGGCGGCCGUGCUGGAAUAUCUAACUGCUGAGAUAUUGGAACUGUCAGGAAAUGCUGCCCGUGAAAACAAGAAAAGCAGGAUUGGGCCACGACACAUCCAGCUGGCUGUGAGGAAUGACGAAGAGUUGAACAAGCUGUUUGCCGAUGUGACCAUUGCUGAAGGAGGAGUUAUGCCCAACAUCCUUUCCCAGCUUCUUCCCAAGAAAACUCUUAAAGAUCCUUUACCAAGAAGGGAUGCUACUGCUUCCCAGGAAGAAUCCAGUAACCACUGACUUACUCCUACCUUUCCUUUGACUCAUGUUUAUCAAUGCUCUAUAUGUAUUAACACUGCUAAAUAUUACUCAGGGUGAUUGUUUUAAUGUUUGUGUGUCUUUUAGAUGUUUGUAAUAAACUUUCUAGAAUUCA